AUCUUACAGAUGCAACCACGGAGUAGGUGGUGAGGGUCAUAUAUGAAUACAUGAUAGCUUUGAAUACCCGGUACGUGAUCUGGGAAUCUUAUUCUUACCCUUCACCCAAAUUCAAUUCAAGCAAGCGAUAUGGCAUUUUUCGGCUCAACAGCACCUGGCCUCAUCGUGGGAGCGUUGAUACUAUGCGCGCUUACCUACAGGUUCAUUGCCCAUCAACAAGAACUGCGAGCUAACAACCAAGUCGCUUCCGCUAAAGGGUGCCUUCCGCUCAGACAAUGGAACUCGACUUGGCCACUGGGCCUAGAUCUACUUGUUCGAGCAUUUCGUUAUGACCGUAGGCAGCAGAUUCUCAAGUUCUUCCUUAAUGUCGUUGCUAAGUCUGGCACAACGUUCGAGCAAAAUCUCCUGUUCUCUCGAGGAGUCGAUACCAUCGACCCUCAGAACAUACAGGCCCUUCUUUCGACCCAAUUUGAUGACUUUGGACUCGGACUACGACCCCCAACAUUCUUGCCCUUGUUGGGGAGUGGGAUCUUCACUCAGGAUGGCGCACACUGGCGGCACUCACGCGAGCUGCUACGUCCACAAUUUAUGACGAACCGGUUCACCAAUUUUGAGCAGAUACGCAGCGCCGUAGACAGCCUCAUCUCCAGCAUUCCUGACGACAACGGCGUCGAUCUACAGCCGCUAUUCUUUCGCCUUACUUUCGAGACCACCCUCUUUCUACUGUUUGGAAAACACCUGCCAUCUCUCCAACUAGAGGGUAUCACAGGCCAGGAAACGGACUUUGCGAACGCUUUCAAUCUUGGACAGGAGUAUUUGGCAAAGCGCGGACGAUUAGGUGACUUCUACUGGCUUCUAGGCGGGAGAGAAUUUCGGAAAGCGUGUAAGAUAUGCCAUGAAUUUGUAGAUCAUGCUGUACAGAAGGCCUUGACUUCAGCCACAAACAAGUCUCGGGACACCAAGACAGAGCCUUACAUCUUCAUUGAUGCCUUGAUCGAGGAAACGCGGAACGCGAAAGUACUUCGGGAUCAGUGCCUGAAUAUCCUGUUAGCUGGGAGGGAUACUACGGCUUGUUGCCUCACUUGGACAAUACGUCUACUUGUCCAGCAUCCUCACGUCCUUUUCAAGUUGCGGGCCGAGAUCAGUGAUACAGUUGGGGUGGGACUUAGGUCGCCGACCCCUACUAUAACCCAGGUCAAAUCACUUCAGUAUCUCUCACUCGUCAUCAAAGAAGUCCUUCGCCUCUACCCAUCCGUCCCUGUAAAUUCGCGCGCCGCCACCAAAACCACAACCCUCCCCACAGGGGGCGGACCAACAGGCACCGCACCAAUCCUCGUCAGAAAAGGCGAGGCCGUAGGAUACUGUGUCUAUGCGAUGCACCGGCGUAGGGAUAUCUACGGCGCCGACGCAGACGAAUUUCGACCCGAGCGGUGGGAGAACGAUGCGCUGAAGGAUGUAGGCUGGGGGUAUUUGCCGUUUAACGGUGGACCAAGAGUUUGCUUAGGACAGGAAUUUGCGUUGCUGGAGGUUGGUUACACCAUCGUGCGAUUGCUGCAGACUUUUGAAGCUAUCGAGCAGGCGGAGGGGUAUAGGAUGGAGAAGAGAGUCGGCGAGGAGAGGCAGGUUCUUACAUUGGUUCUUUCAUGCGGAGAAGGGUGUGUAGUCAAGAUGAGGAGGUAUGGGGAUGAGGUGUAGGCAGCGGUCUGGUUAUAGCUUGGCAAGUAGUUAUAGUGGACUUUUUUUGUUAUCAUGGCGAUCCCAAUACUUACUACCCUACUGGAGUCCUGAGCACUUGCGGUAGGUAAAGGAACGAGCGGAUUCAUGUCUGUUUUGUAAGUGUUCAU